AUGUGUAGCCCGGGGCGACACUCGUCCCCCAUCAUGGAUUGGACCAAACUACCCCCAGAAGUGCUCGAGAUAAUCCUCACACAUCUAGAUCUUGACACAGUCAAGGCUCUUCGUCUAACAGACCGAAAGCUCGCAGACAAGUGCAUUGGACCCCGUUUUUUAAGCUCCAUUCAACAACCCAUAUUUGAUGUAUCGUCGCACAGCCUUCGUUCUCUUUAUGCCUUGGCUUGCAACCCUGCCCUCAGCAACAUGAUCUAUUCUCUAACCUUCUUGGCCAUUAGCCUUCACUCUUCCGAAUUAAUGAAGAACGUGAGUUCUGCAAAACGUACUGUGCGGAAAUCCCACGGGUCCUUUGUUACAGCGACCACGGUAGCCUAUCCCCCCGAGGAACUUUCAAACGCCAAAAACGAUCUGAACUGGUUGCGAGGACAGAAAAAAGCAAGAGCCAAUGAGUUGUCGAGUGAGAUGAUUGAACUUAUUCAUUUUGCGCUCAAAGGGUUUGGCGAGUUGAAUUCUAUACAAUUAGAUGGUGCGGUCAUCACCGGACGUACGCAGAGAGAAUCGACAUGGAAUGAUGAAUGGCAUCCGCUCUGGAAGCGAGGCUCGCAUGUAUUCUCUUUGGUUAUAACAGCCAUGGCGCAGAGCGGGAUCUCGGUGAAGAAAUUCGAUGCAUAUCGCAGUACUCCUAGAUGCUGCAUUCCAUCUGGUGAUAUCACCACCUAUGCAUCAAGUCUCAAUCCAAGUCAGCUAGGGCUAGUGGGCAAGGGCCUGGAAUCACUCAAGCUGAGUAUAUCUGCGGAGGUACAGAAUGCUCGUGACCUUGCCAAUGCUCUUAAGAUAGUUGGGCCAGAUGAAUACACACCAGAUGGACUUUUAUCACGCGAUGAUCCUGGUGCAGAGCUAGCUGAUGGCACACCGGGGAUUACACCCCUACUCAAGUCUGUGUCUGCUCUUCGAGAGCUAGAUUUGUCUUUUCGCCAUACGCUGAAAGACGGGACAACGGACAGCUACGACCGGAUCAUUGAAAGUAUCGCCCAUGAAACCCAGUUCCCGAUACUAGAAAAAUGUGCAUAUUCUGGAUUCCUGGCAAAAAGGGAUUCGAUUCUGCUAUUUCUACAGAAGCAUCCCGACCUCCGCUCUUUCACAUUACAUGAGUGUGUUUUGACCACUGGGUCAUGGACACCCAUUUUUUCUCAUCUAGACCAAUCGAUGCCAAGGCUCGAAAACGUCAGCUUCUCGAACUUGUAUGGAAAACAUAAACAGGAAGAGGAGGGCAAGCAGGAAGUUGAUGGUGCUGUGAAGUACCUGAAGAUUCUCUUGAAGAUUCUCUUGAAGAUCUCUCUUAUUGAGAAAUUCUCUCCUCUUGCCAAUAAGUUUGAAUAUGAGCUUCAGUGGGAUCUCGAAACGCGCAAGUCGCAUUUUGAAGCCUAG